GGAGGAACUGCGUCUUUGGCGGAAUGUUUAAACUCGUUGAACGAACGAAUGAAUGUGAUGGCAGCGAAACGCAGACAUAAUAUAAGAACUGCUCACUAAUACGAUGCACUGUAGAGAGAUUCUGAGUAAUCCAACAACAUGAACGGCAGAAGCUGCCUGGAACAACGUGAUCGAAAUGAAAUCGCCAAACUGACGCAGAUGAAAUCAAAGGUAAACAGACUGAGACGGAGCCCGAAAGCAGCGACACCAAACCCCGCGCAGAUCUGUCACACAGCAGAGUUCAAAACACCCACUCGCCCACCAAGAGCCCAGUUUAGAAGAUUGAUAGCUGACGACUCCCCAAGCAAUGAUCCUGACUGUCAUCAAGAUAUUAUAUGGGAUACAACAUCUCCAUCACCCAUUCGACAUGGCAAGUGUCUCCAUGAAAAUGGCCGAGGACAAAGGAAAGCUGCCAGUGUCAAAGCAGUGGACAUAUCGGACAUUGCCAAUCGGAUUGCUCCAAAGAAUGGAAGACUAGAAGAGGCGGACUCAUCUUUAUUGCAGUGGAUUGGGGAUAGUGCCAUUCCGUGCACCCCAGAAGUCCAACAACCCAAAGUCAAGACCAUGUCAACAAAACAGAGCAUUGUGGAAGACCUCAUGAGGCUGGCCAAGCAGUUUGACUUCAACAUGAGACAAGAUGAUGGUCAAGCUCAGCACUCAGAUGGUCAAGCUCAGCCCUCACUGGGUUCAGAACAGGAGCUCCCACUCCAUGACGACCAACCCAACACAUCACACAAUGGCUCUGCCAUGAAGAAGUGCUCUGUUACUGUAGAACCAAGUGUCGUGAAGCCUGAUGAUGAGAGGGCAUCGUAUCAGGAGAUGGAUGAUGAUCUAGAUUUUCUUUUCGAUGGACCAACUCAGCAGCUCAGUGGGCGUCUCAGUCAAAUGUCAGGUCAUCGAUCUCAUAAUGUUCCUGAGAGCACAGUCGAGGCAAAUCUCGCAGUUACGAAAGCCUGCGAUUCAGAAAAAAGUUCUUCUUUUUCUAUGGCAGCAUGCAAUAACAAUAUACAAGUUGACAAUGCUAAUGAUUUUGAUGACUGGAGCAACGAUGAUUUACUGGAGGACUCGUUGGUGUUGGAGAUAACACAGAACCCAGAUCUGUUUGCUUCUCCAUGGGAUUGUUCAACACAGAAACAAACUCAUGUUAAUCAAAAUGGUUUUAACAGUAACACACGCACCAGUGCGAUGGCAAACAAACCACAUGAAUCCAAAAAUGAUGUUAAAUGUAGCACAGUUCAAGUGGAAAGGACCAAAAACGGACAAUCUUUUCAGGUGGAUUCUCAGAUACCGGCAAAGACUUAUGGUGGGUUGCCUAGAUUUGGAAAUCAGUUGGAAGAUAAUUAUGUAAGUCAGGCUUUUCCCAUGGUUAAAGGUUUGGCAGUUACUCCAUGCCACAGUAAAACUGAACAGGACCAACAAUAUAAUCACAACAGUGGAGCACAACAGCUUCAUGUUGUUCAGAAUUUAUUCAAAACAUUACAACCUUCCCAUUCAAAGCCCGUCAACACACACCAAAGUCCAAACACUCGAUGUGUUAAACAAAGCAGAGAGGACGCCUUUACCAGCCAAGAUGGCAUUGGUGACAUUUUAGAUGAAGAUCUAGACUCCUUUUUUGCAUCUGAUGACAUUUGGGAUGACGGCGUUGAAGAUGAUGACCUAUUUUGUGAGGCGUGUGAUAAUCUUGAGGUACCUGGCAACCCUUCUCGCCUUGUUGAAAGCCCAGCCACAAAGCACCAGCAGACUAACAAAACACAACCUAAAGUGCUACAGAACAUGCCGUACAUCAACUUUGAAAUGGCCAGUCAGCAGACUCUGUUUGCUCAACCUAACCCACCCAGAAGACCUGCUACUAAUGUUUCCAUGUCCAGUGCAAACACGUCAGCAUCGCUUUACAAACCGAAAGCUCACACAGUAAGUUCUGGACCUACAGGACUCAACUCUAAUGUGUCAUAUGACACAACGAGACCAUCUGGCCCCUCAAGUAAUGGACCAUAUAAAUUUAGACAGGUGGAAAGCUCUUCAGUGGUGGGAAAGGGAGCGUGUGCUGCUGCAUCCACACAACAGGAUCACGAGAGAGUUGUGUUGGCCACCCUCCAAUCAGAUGUGAGGAUACCAGACAGUCAUCGGUUCAAAAAGCCAUACAGUGCCUCGUUCAGGUCUACACCAGUGGUUGCCAAAGAGGUGUGUAAUUCGGGAACUGUGAAGUGCAGUGAUGCUGAGAUCGAGAGGAAGAAACAGCUGGCUAUAGAGAGGCGGAGACUCAGGAUGUUGGCCAAUCAGAACCUCAGAGCUCCUGUCUGAUUCUGUGUUACCAUGGAGAUGCAGGACAAAACAGCCCAGCAGAGUUCUACAUGUUCUACACAUGAGGAGUUAUACUGCGUCUACUCUGCAAGAGAAGCGAACAGAAGUGUACAAACAAAACUAGAUAGAACGAAUCUUCAUUGUUUCUAAUGGGAGCAAUCUAAUGUUGCUUGUUUUCUUGUAGUGUAGACGCGGAGUUACCCGAAAGAUUUCCAAAACAAUGAUUUUUGUUGGUUUAGGGGCCAGAUUUAUGCCAGUGUAUUUGACUGCUUAGAAAAAGAAAUGCUGAACUAAGAUCAGAUGUCUUACUGUUACUAUAGAACGGACUCUAGAUUAACACUUUUUUGUGUGUGUUUUGUUUAAUAGUUUGCUUUGAGACUUUUGAUAAAUAUGUACAUUGACUUUCUCAAUAGGCCUGAUCCCAACUGUUCAUUACUAAAAAAAAUCAGGAGUCUUCUUUCACAUGAGUCACUUUUAUGUAUCUCUAUGUCAGUUGUGUAAUCAAUAUUUUCCUUCAGAUUUCAUUUUAAAAACGUUCUUUCAAGAUAAAUAACUCUUAUUUGUGUUUUUGUCCUUUUUCAGUACUGAAACAAGUAGCCCAGAGUAUUAAAGUGACUUAUAAGCAUGGGUGAUGUAUAGUAUUUAUUGAGUUGGAAUUCUCACUGUAAU